AUGCCGGGCACAAAACGGUUUCAACAUGUUAUUGAGACCCCAGAGCCUGGCAAGUGGGAGUUGUCUGGGUAUGAGGCAGCCCUGCCAAUCACAGAGAAGUCAAACCCACUGACCCAGGACCUGGACAGAGCAGAUACUGAACAAAUUGUUCGAUUGCUGGGGCAAUGUGAUGCUGAGAUCUUCCAGGAGAAGGGGCAAGUCAUGCCCAUGUACCAGUGACUGUAUAGUGAAUCAGUUCUGACCACCAUGGUACAAGUGGCUGGAAAAGUUCAGGAAGUGCUGAAGGAGCCUGGGGGGGGGGUGCUUGUGGUGUUGAGUGGAGGGGGCAUCUCUGGCAGGAUGGCAUUCUUCAUGUUGAUAAUUGCUCCUUUGCUUUGUCAGAAAGGUUUAGGACAGAAACCUCUUUAUACCUACCUCAUUGCAGGAGGUGACAGGUCUGUGGUGGCAUCUAGGGAGGGGACAGAAGAUAGUGCUCUGCACAGGAUUGAGGAACUAAAAAAGGUGGCUGCUGGGAAGAAGAGGGUGAUUGUCACUGGUAUUUCGGUGAGACUCUUUGCUCCCUUUGUGGCAGGCCAGAUGGACUACUGCAUGGAUAACCCAACCAUCUUCUUGCCAGUCCUGGUCGGUUUCAACCCCGUGAAUAUGGCCAGAAAUGACCCCAUUGAAGACUGGCGUUCGACAUUCUGACAAGUAGCAGAAUGGAUGCAGAAACUGCAAGAGAAACAGGAAGCUUUUGUGCUCAAUCCUGCAAUUGGGCCCCCGGGCCUCAGUGGCUCAUCCUGGACGAAAGGUAGAAACGCUACCAAGAUCCUGUUGGAAACCCUGUUACUGGCAGCGCACAAGACUGUGGACCGGGGGGCAUUCCUUUCUCCCAGAUGCCUUCUGGAAAUCCUGUGGACAUUUGAGCGGGCUCAUCAGGUGACCUAUAGCCCAAGCCCUAAGAGCGCCACCCUGAUGAAGCAAGCCAGCACCAGCCUGGAGAAAAAAGGCUGAGUGUACCUGGUUGGUUGGCAGACCCUUGGCAUCAUUGCCAUCAUGGAUGGAGUGGAGUGCAUCCACACCUUUGGUGCUGAUUUCCGAGAUGUCCGUGGCUUUCUCAUUGGUGAUCACAGUGAUAUGUUUAACCAGAAGGCUGAGCUCAUCAACCAGGAUCCCCAGUUCUCCUUCUCCCAGGAGGACUUCCUGACUUCCAUCUUGCCAUCCCUCACAGAAAUUGACACUGUGGUCUUCAUUUUUACCCUGGAUGACAACCUCAUGGAGGUGCAGACGCUGGUGGAGCAGGUGAAAGAGAAGACUGCCAACAUCCAGGCCUUGGCACACAGCACUGUGGGGCAGUCCCUGCCGACCCCUCUGAAGAAACUCUUCCCCUCCAUCAUCAGUAUCAUGUGGCCACUGCUUUUCUUCGAAUAUGAAGGGCACUUUAUCCAGGUAUGGAGCAUGAGAAAGUAUUAUCUAUAGAAAAGAACUCAGAGGAGGAGGGAUUCCAGAAAUUAGAAAACUCAAGGCUAGUGGGUAGAAAGCUUUGUUGGACUUCCACAAAGCCAGCUGGGCAAGUUCUUGGGCUACCAGGUCACUGGUCAGAGUUUCCAAGGCAGUGGCUCAGUUUUCUCCAGAAAUAUGCAAAAAAGAAAAAUGCAAAAAAGGCCAGACCACCAAUCACUUGACAGAUACUCAUUGGUCCUUUGUUACAGGUUCACUGUCAAUACCAUAGUCAUCCUCACUAUACAAAAGUCUUU